UAACGUAAGGCACCCAAAGAAAGCUUUUUCGAUUUUUGAGCCAGCUCGGUUUUAGCAAUGGCUAAUGGCGGAGAGAUUUAGAGGCUGCUUUUCAAGUCGUCCUAUGUUUGUUAUGGUUAUGGAUAUACUCUAUAUUAAUUUGGAUCAACUCACAGUUAUUUUGAAUAUUUAAAGGUUUUUUAGUAUCAUGGCCGCGAGUCGCUCUUUAAGCUCUUCGUCUGAAGCGCUUCCAGCAUCAGAUAGUGACAUGAGUGCAGACGAAGCAGGUGGCUCUGCUGCUGCUGCUUCUAAAGGGCAAGAAAAUCGAAUUGCAUCUUUACACCAGGCAAACAGAGUUCUUAAGAUGGAGUUAGAGAUGUACAAAUUGAGAUGCAAACAAAUGCUUGAAGAGAACAAGAUGCUACGUCAAGCAAGCGUAUCCAUUCAAGCUAAAGCAGAACAAGAGGAGGAGUUCAUUUCGAAUACGCUAAUGAAGAAAAUCAACACAUUAAAAAAAGAAAAAGAAAUUCUGGCAAUGAAUUACGAACAAGAAGAAGAGUUUCUAACAAAUGACUUGUCUAAAAAGUUAACGCAGCUUCGGCAAGAAAAAGUGACACUGGAACAAACUCUUGAAAGAGAACAAGAAUUCCAGGUCAAUAAAUUAAUCAGAAGAAUCGAAAGGCUAGAAGCAGAAACAAUGUCGAAGCAACAAGUACUUGAACAGUUACGAAAAGAGAAAAUUGAUUUGGAGAACACCCUUGAACAGGAGCAAGAAGCUUUGGUAAACAGAUUGUGGAUAAGAAUGGAGAAAUUGGAAGCAGAAAAAAGAUUACUUCAAGAAAAGUUGGACCAACCUGUGUCGGAACCAGCGUCACCUCGUCAGACUGCAGAUGAUAUCAAUGUUGAUGACUUGUCGUUAAAUGUAAAUGUUCUACGUGACGAAGUGAAGAAAUUGCGUUAUCAACUUGCAAAUGCUCAAGCUGAACACAACAAGACGAUGUGUAAGUUUGAAAACGAGGAGCACCAGUUAAAAGAGGAGAAUGUGCGGCUGCAAAGAAAACUUCUGUUGGAAAUGGAGAGGAGAGAACAGUUAAGCAGACAACUUUCAGAAAGUGAAUCUAGCCUUGAAAUGGACGAUGAAAGGCAUUUUAAUGAACUAGCUUCACAAGGUGGCCCAUCCUCAUUCAGAGAUCGUGCCAUCUCCAGUCCAAUACCUUAUCCAUCUCACAGACCUAAAUCUCCAGGCAUACACACAGCAUCAGCACACACAACAACAUUCCCUGCUUUCACGCCGCCCUCACCUCUUGGUAACAGUCGCGUAUCGUCUGGCUCUAGUACAGCUGGUACAUCGCCUCCAUUUAUUGCGAAGCGUGGAGCUGCAGCAAACCAAAGCCCAAAGCUAUCCCGCAAACAUCAAGGUGCAAGGCCGACAGAUCGACCUCUAUCUGGAAGUAUGUCUGACAGACAAAAACUCGGUCACUAUCGCUCAAAUUCUUCUCAUAGUGAUAAGACCAGUUCAAACCAACCAUGAUGAAGUAUAGAUGGAACUUGGUUACGUAAUUUAACGUGUGACCACGUAGAAGUAAGAACAAUUAAAGUUUACGUGGUUGUACAUACAAAAGAUCGAUUUUUUAUUGUUAUCAACUUUUUAAAAGCAUAAAUCUAUAUAACAUUUCUAUUUAAUCUUAGAUGGGUUGACCAUAAUCUUUUUUUUUUGUUCUUGUGUUUAUAAAAAAUGUAUAGAUGUUAUGAGAAAUUUUAUUGCACUAAGUGCGAAUUAUUAUAAAACUCUUUGUUUUUGUUUAUAGGCUUUAUGUAGUAAAAAAUUUGCAGUUUUCUUUUGUUUAUUUCUUUUUUUGACUAAUUCCUAAAUGUAUAUCCAGGCUAAGAUGUAAGAAAUUUUUAUGUCUUACCUUGUUCAGCCUUCCCCUUCAACACAUUAAAGCUUAACACCACUACACUGUCAGAUCUUGACCUUGUAUAAUUACACUUUCAGUUUUGUCGCUGUUCUUUUAAAACUAUAACAUUUUUUCAUCUUAUUCGUGUAGCUCAGACGACGUUUUUAAUUCGUUUCUCUAUUGAGCAUAACGUUAGCAGAAUCUGAGUGUUUUUCGCAAAAGUAUAUGCCAGCUUGAUUUCGAAUUUUUACUUUGAAAGAUUGUUUUGUUAGUUACACAUUCUACUGGUCGAUACAGUCUUAAAGUCAGUACAAAAUAAAGCAAGGUUACGAACUCCAAGACUUACUUAUCAUGCAUAUAAGCAUAACUCCGCCCAACCACCUCAAUAUCGAGUAUGUGAUUUUGCGUGUGGAGUUAGUUGAAGUUUAUUAUAAGUGUUUUAAUGUCAGAUUGUUGCAGGUUUUUCGUGAGAUCGCGAAAUUUCCGCGUCGCUAGACCCAGAAGUUUAUUUCGUAAUUUUAAUUUUGUUAUGUUUGUAAAUUAAUUUUAAUAUUUUUUUUAACCAUGGAAACAUUUCAUCUAUACGACCAUUCGCGCGUGUUUUACUUCGUUUCUCAGCCGCAAAAUCACGAAUAUAUUUUUCCCACGAUUUUCUGACAUUAAAAGUAUAUUGAUUGUAUGUUUGAGUUAUAAAUGAUUUUAUAUAUAUUGUUUUUACUAGUCAUAGGUAUUUAAUUGUCUCUUUAUGAAAAGUAGCCAAAAGAGAAAAAACCCGCGCAUA